AUGAUUCCUUAUAACAUUGCCCUAUUCUUGGCAGCCACUUUGCUGUCAAUCCACUGUAUAGCCGCCCAGGGAGACUUUGGUCUGCAGACGAAUCCAGGCGUCGUAAUUUCCAAUGCUGCGGAAGGCAGACCUGCGGAAAGACAUGUAGAAGCUACUGGACUUCUACGAAGCAAGCGAUUUGUAUGGGGAUAUCCAUAUGGAUGGACACGUCCUUGGGGAUUCUAUCCCUGGAGCCCAUGGUGGCGCUCCUACGGAUGGCCACACGGAUGGGUAUACUACCCUUGGCUCAAGGCAUAA